AUGUCGUUGCUGAACGUGUACCAGAAGUUCCUAGUGAGCCCCAGCGCGGCUCCGCUGGCGUCUGAUGUCUCCUUGAUCUAUAUCACGACUACCACUGAGAUCAAGGGCGCCGACAAAGUCAUCAAACAUCUCACCAAGCAGCAGGAGCUCAAGAUCAAUUCUCAGACUGUUCUUGACAGUGUACAAGGCUCCAACGCUCUGUCUCUGGAUAUUGAGAUCAACCUUCAGUUCCUUACCGGAGGUGGAGCUUACCUCCCUAACCUAGACGAGACGUUCCUGUUCGAUCACGUCGCGAAGUUCCCCACGAUCCAUAUCGUCCGAUUCAAUGCGCAGAAUGAAAUCCAAACCGUCAGGAUUUACUGGGACCAGGCUUCGCUCCUCAAACAGGUCGAGGUUAUUGGAAACCGCUCUCGCAACUGGCCCGUUCGCGACGCGGAUAAGCAGACUCGCCUGAUCAAAUCCGCUUCCGCUUCAGCACCAGCCGACAAUGGACCUCCCCCAGCAGCUCAGCCUGAGCCAUCAACCACAGCGAAAGAGACCCGCGCAGGCUCUCCCGGAAAGAAACACAUCAAGGACCCCUACGCCGCCGAAUCGCUGUACGAGCUCCUUUCUCCCAGCAAAGAUCGCGGCCAGGCCGUACACGCACCUCGCGCCCCUGCCUCCGCGCAGCCUCCACCCCGUGACUACAGUGAGCUGUUUGUAGGAGAUGAAGGAAUUGACGACGUGCCCGAGACGCCCUCGCGAAACCGUGCCAUCGCCCCGAAGGCUGGCGCUGGCAAGAACUUCGCCCCGUCCCGCAUCUUCGAACCCGAGGAGGUCCAGGCUUCUCCCAUGGUGCCCAAGCUCGGCGCCGGCAGGAAAUUCGCGCCCUCUCGCAUCUUCGAUGACGACGAUGAGACCGCCUCUCGCGAGAAGCCAGAGCAGAUUGCCUACCGCGCGCACCCCAAGCGAUUCGACCACUUCGAGCUAGGCGGUGAUAACAGCAGUCGCGAGGUCAAGCCGACUGCCUCCCGCCCUGGUUCUCGUCACGUUAACAACUGGGACUUUGAAGACUUCUCGACUCCUCAGAAGCCGAAGCGCGGACCCCGAGGCGAGGAGAUCCGCCACUUCGGUUGGAGCGACGACGAACCUGAGCAGGACACACCUCCCGCUAAGCCUCGCGUCGUGCAGCCCCGACGUGACGCCGAAACACACUUCCAGAUCGCCGAUGGCGAAGAGCAAGGCAACAAGCGCAUCAUCCGAUCACAUGGAAACAAGGGCCUAGGUCUCUACAAAGACACGCUAUACGCCGGAGAGGGGGAAGACGCCGAGGCAGAGGAGAAAGCCAAGCAGCAAGCCGGCAAAGAACGUCCCCUCUCAGUUGUGCAUAACGGUCCCAACCGCAAGAAGGACUUCGAGAGCCACUGGGAUGAACCAGAGACCAACGUAAGCCACGAGAACAAGAAGCCCACGGGGGAUAGAGUCAAGGCUGCUAAGGCGUUAGAGUCAUCAUGGCAUUUUGACAAGUCGCCUGAGCCGAGCAAGGUAGCGCGUCCUCCCCAGCGUCGGACAUUGCAGAAUGUCAACCAGCGGAGCUGGGGAUUUGAUGACGAGGAGUAG